AUGAUUUCUAAUUCUGACAUUGAAACAAUAAAUAAGUUUAUUAUUGAAGCCAGUGGAACCCUUGAGAAUAUAUAAAAGGCUUUUGUGAGAAAAUUUUCUUAAGAAUAUGGUCCUUAUCUAUAUUUUUAUUAAGGUCUUUGUGAUAAUGUAUAUAAUAUUGAUGAUUUUGUUUUAGAUAUUCACAAAAGGAUAGAGACUCUUAAUAAUUUUCUUGUUAUACAAUUCUGAAUUGAAACAGUGUUUAAUAGAUAUAUCAAAUUAUAGUUUAAAUCAAUUUGAAAAAAAAUUCAUUCAAGAUCCAUAACUUGUAAAGCAUUAUUAUUAAGACUUAUAAGAUAGUAUGCUGGCCUUACAAUAAAGACCCUUUUAGAAGAAUUAGAUAAAUUUACUAUGAAUGAUAAAUAAAUCAAUAAAGAAUUGUUAUAGCCAUAAAAUUCAUAAUAUAAAUUGAGAAAUUGUAUAUCUAUAAAUAGUAAUCCACCUGAGUAAAAUAUUUAAUAAUAAAAUAUAGAAAAUUGGUUUAAAAUGAAAACUUGGAGAGAAUAUAUCAAUAUUAAAAUGGAUUCGAUAUUGAUUAUUUAAGAUUGACCCCAGAUAUAGUUUAGAAUAGAUGUGAUUGGAUUGAAUUUUAUUAGGUUUAUGAUGUUUAAUGGGAUUAUUCAUUGUAGAUAAAUUCUGAUAAGUUGAGUCAGAUAAAAGAAAUUAUGUAAAAAGCACAUUUAGAAUAAUUGUCUGAACAAGAAUUAAAGGUAUGAUGUAGAAAUAAUUGAAUUAGUAAUUUCAGGAGUAUUUGAAGAAAGAUAAUAAUAAUUUAUUAAAAAAUAAUGGAUUAUUAAAUUUCAAUUUAAGUGAUUUAAUAGAGAAGAACUUAAAUUUAGCUUUUUUCCUAUUUAGUAAACAUUUUCCAAAUACAGAGUUUCUUGAGUAUAUAUAAAUGUAUAGAAAUAGUUUAAUGGAUACUUUAGUAACAAUUGAUAUUACACCAAAUGCUUUAGAAAUGAUGUGCAUGAUAGUUUAAUAAUAUCAUGUGCCCCAAGAAUACCUUAAUUAUUAUGUGAAUUAUUGUAUUUAGUUCUGUUCAAAUAUAAAAGUAAUUCUAAAGUGUAAAGUAUAGGAAAAAGGAUAGUAAGUGAAAAUGAUCAAAUAUUUGACAAUUUUCUUGAAACAUCUAAUAAAUAAAAAGAUGUUGAAGACUUAUGAAUUGUAGACUGAAGUAUAAUAGAAAUUAUGAUAAAUUUAGUUACAAGCUUUUUCAAUAGAAUUUUCUAAUAUAGGAGAAACAUCUAGUUUAUUCAAAUUGAUAAAGAAUGAUUAAUAAUAAUGA